CGUGAGCGCCUCAGCAGCCGGGAUGACUGGAGGAGCUGGGACUGCAGAUACUGCGGUGCUGAGAAAGACGGCGUGAGCGCGUUUGUGUGCGUGUGCACGUGCCUGGGCGGACUCCAGCUGUAAUGGUGCCCCGUGUGUGUGUGACUGUGCUGACCGCAACAGUCAUCCUGUCCAACAGCGGAGACUUUCUCAGCGUGCAGAUGGUGUGAGCAGUCAGGGGAAAAGUUUCUAACAGCUCGACUGAGUCUCGGCUAACUCAAUCCACACUGCACACACACUCAUACACUGUGCCAGUCCAGGAGGGGAGCAACAACAACAGCAGCAGCUGAGCAUGAGGACGACUUGAGCUUGUGUGUGAGCGGGAUUUGUCUUGUAGUUGAUUGAUUGACCUGUCGCUGAAGAGGAUACGGUGUCUGGGCAUCACCACACAUCCGAGCUGUGAGAUUCAACAGGGCUGCUCGUUUGAAAGGUUGGAGUAGCUGUGAUGGAUGACCAGUGUGUGUCUCAUGGCAGUCCUCAUCGCAGCGGAGGUCAUGUCAGUACUGAGGGUCAAAAGUUGAAUGUCAUCAGGUGUGGGUGGCUCCGGAAGCAAGGAGGUUUUGUCAAAACGUGGCACAGUCGCUGGUUUGUGCUGAAAGGGGAUCAGCUCUACUAUUACAAAGAUGAGGAGGAGACUAAAGCUCUGGGAGCCAUUUUUUUACGUGGAAACAAAGUUACAGAGCAUCCAAGCAGCGGCGACGAAGGGGGAAAAUUUCUUUUCGAGGUCAUUCCAGGUGGAGAAAGAGAGCGGAUGACAGCCAACCAUGAGACCUACCUUCUUAUGGCCAGCACCCAGAAUGACAUGGAAGACUGGGUGAAGACAAUCCGAAGAGUCAUCUGGGCGCCUUUUGGUGGAGGGAUCUUUGGUCAGAAGCUGGAAGAGACCGUGCGGUAUGAACGCCGGUUUGGGAACAAGCUCGCCCCUAUGCUGGUAGAGCAGUGUGUGGAUUUCAUUCGGCAGAGGGGUCUUCAGGAAGAGGGCCUUUUCAGGCUGCCAGGACAGGCCAACCUGGUCAAAGAGCUGCAGGAUGCCUUUGACUGUGGAGAGAAGCCCUCUUUUGAUUGUAACACAGAUGUGCACACAGUAGCUUCUCUGCUGAAACUGUAUCUCAGAGAGCUGCCCGAGCCCGUCAUCCCCUUCCAGAAGUACGAUGAGUUCCUGUCCUGCGCCAAGCUCCUGGGCAAAGAUGAUGAAAUGGGUAUGAAGGAAUUGAGAAGGCUUGUGGAAAGUCUACCUCCAGUGAACUACAACCUCCUAAAAUACAUCUGCAGGUUUCUUGAUGAAGUCCAGUCAUAUUCAGGGGUGAAUAAAAUGAGUGUCCAAAACUUGGCCACAGUCUUUGGGCCAAAUAUCUUGAGGCCAAAAAUUGAGGAUCCAGUAGCAAUUAUGGAAGGUACUGUUCUGGUCCAGCAGCUCAUGGCUGUUUUGAUUGGUCACCACGACGUGCUUUUCCCCCGAGAUGAAGACAGCCCUACUGCCCUCGAGCUCGUCAACAACAAUAUUGAACAGCCACGGCGACAAACCACUACAUCUACCUCAGCCAUCACUACAGUGUCUCAGAAUGCUGAGAACAACAACACACAUGUUGUGCGGCAGUGUGUUUGGGAAGCCAACGAGUCUCCUUCACACCGUCAGCACGCAGACAACAGUGGCUCCCCACGAUCGGCAAGUCCCCGCAAUGGAGUCAUGGGACGCUUCGACGUCACCCGCAGUCCACCGCUGACCGUUAAAAAGAAUCCAGCUUUUAGUAAAGGCAGUGGCAUUGUUACCAAUGGGUCCUUCAGCUCCUCACCCUCUUCAGAUCCCACUGUGGAAAAGAGCCAGAGUGGAGGUGGCAGCUUACCGGUGCGUCGCAGUGGCACACUCAAAGGCUCGGGGACAAAAAUGGGCACCAGCGGCGUCACGAGUGGAAACAGCGCUACAGGGAAUGGGACUGGAGUUGUACGCAUGGGCGUUCACGGGACUGACGCUGUCACAGGGAGUCCGAACAGCCGCAACAGCCUCUGGCAGCCGAAUGGCUGUGUAAUGUUACGGGAGAACAGCAAAGCUCGUGACUGCCACGGCGGAGAUCAGACAACCAAUCAGAAUCGUCUGUCCACAUACGAUAACGUGCAGCUAAACCAUCACAACCUGCAGCAGCAGAACCAGAUCGCCAACACAUGUCUGAACACCAGCUGCGAGGACAAGCAGAGUGUGGACAGUGCCACCUGGUCCACUUCUUCCUGUGAAAUCUCCCUCCCUGACAACUCCACUUCCUGUCGCUCCUCCACAACCACCUGCCCAGAGCAGGACUUCUAUGGAGGGCACUACGAAGUCUUGGAUGGACCAGCACAAGACUGCGUGCAUCCCCAGUCUGGCGAAGGAGGAGAGGGCAGAAAUGGCGAAAGAGAAGGAAGUGGAGAGGUUGGGAGGAGCAGUCGGGGCACGAGCAGCAGUGAUAACAGCGACGGUUUUCCUGUUGGUAACGGACCCGGCAACCACAGCGCUCUGCACAGUCUAGUGGCCAGUCUUAAGCAGGAAAUGCACAAGCAGAAGGCCGAGUAUGAGGCCAGGAUAAAAAGUUUGGAGCAGCGUAAUUUGGAGCUGGAGACUGAAAUGGUGAACCUGCACGAGGAGCUGGACCAGGAGAGGAAGAAGUACACCAUGGCGGAGAUCAAGCUGCGCAACGCUGAGCGCGCCAAGGAUGACGCCGAGCGGCGAAACCAGAUGCUACAGAAAGAGAUGGAACAGUUUUUCUCCACAUUUAGUGACCUCACCGCAACUGGCAACGCCGCAGCCACCGAUCCCCGCCGACCAGAGCGAAACAACACCAUCUGGAUACAGUGAAGGAAGGCUGAAAAAAGAUGGCAGCCAAGACAGGAACUGGGUUAUUAUAAUGACGUGAACUUUAGAGAGACUCUAAACAAGAUUUGGCUGCUGAUCGAAGGAGGGAAAACACACUGCAAAGGGUAACGGCACGUUUUAAUUUAAGAAAUAGGAGAUAUAGGGCUGAUGUAAGCCACCUCUAUAAAUGUAAACAUCACCUGGAGUGAUGCCAGAGUGACAUUAUCUGUAUAUAGCCUUAUUUAAACAGACGCUCAUGGACACACUCCAGUCUCCCAGAAGUGGUUGGGGUUUGUUCAGUUGUCUGGCUGGGAAAUGGAGCAAAGGGACAGUACACAACAGCCUAUGAGGACAUAUGGUACUACCAUUUUAUGUUAGCUCCGAGAUAGAAGGGAAGACAAAAUGUAAAAAAAAAAGAACAAUACCAACACCAACCUUGGACCUGAAAA